AUGCUUCCUCGUAGACCUCGCUUGCGUUUGGACUCGCUAAACUCUGACCAUCGCCCACCGCCGACGAGCUUCACACCGGUAGUCACCGCUGUCGAUUCAGAGUCUGAGCAUUCGCAUACGUCGGUCUUCCGCUCGUACAGGAUGACCAUCUCGGUUCAUUGCAACUCUGUGAAGAUGUCCCGAGAGGGCAACCAGUCACUCGGGAGACAUUUGCCCGUUUUUGGUGACCAUGAUCGUGUACGGGGCACGAUUAGUUUGGAUCCUUCACUAAACUUGUCGUCUGGACGUUUAGUCGUCUUCAUUGAGGGCGCCUUUUUGUACAAGUCGUCUAACAAUGCAUCCUCAGGUCGUAAACGUCAUGCAUUCUUCUCCUCGUCCACCGUCCUCUUUCCGGCCACAGAGAGUUCAAUUCCAAAGUCUGCAACGGUCUCUAGUAUUCGGGAGGCGUUCAGUCGACCAUCCAUGCGGCGUAAGGGGAGCGUGGGCUCGCUCACGCAUAAGCGAAGCCUGUCGAACAUAAGGGACGCACCUCAAAGAAACUUCCCCUUCUCCUUUGAUCUGCCAACCGGACGACCUGGGGACGAGCUUCCACCUACAUUUUCGUCGACAGCUGGUACUGGAAGCUCCUCCACGGAUGCCGAGGAAAUUGCAUACAGGGUCGUAUCUACCUGGGAGCCAUUUGAAGAUCCCGAUGGGCGAGAAGUCCUCGAAGUCCCGAUUGUAGUUCAGCCCGACCAUGAGUUUCAAUCGUUCGAUGGCUUGUCGAGCCCCGAAUCAUGGUUGGAGAUACCACUCCGCUCGGAUAGACCUAUUCCUUACCACUGUGCCGUCACGCUUCCGACUCCCUCCUUGUUUUCUCGUAACAGCUCUUUACCUUACUUCGUCGUAUUCUCCACAACACCGAAGAACCCUACAUUGGCCCGAGAAGUCGCGAUGGACGCUACUAUCACUGUUUCUCUCCUACGACAAAUCAUCAUCGAUACGACACAAUCCUCCCCAAGCCCGCGUCAAUACCCUGUCGCUCCUCCGACACCUCCAAGCUCUGCUGGGGAAGACUCGGAUUCUCAGUCAAGCAUGCAACAACGGCGUGCAAGGCUCCUGAAACGCGUCGUCUCCAGCACCCCACCAAGUGCUAUUGCGCCGCGCAUGGGAAGAGGACGCAGCUCUUCGGUGUCGAGGGCGGACAAACCACUCCCUCAGGUCCCUCUUACCGUCACUGAAUCGCUGAUUGUGCAGACCAACGUCUCCGUCGGGUUCCCCAAACGUCCUCGGCACCACACGCCAACGACGCCUUCUGGUCAUCCAUCGUUGGGAUCCCACACUGCACUUCCUGACGGGCUGUGUAAGGGACGGAUGCAAUUGAGUAAGGGGAUGAUGCCCGCCAUUGACUGGCGCGGUGUCUCUGUGAGGUACUAUCUGGAAGUCUCCGUGAUGUACGGUCAAGACGACGUGCGAACCCGCGUCCCUGUCAAAAUAUAUUGA